AUGGCCUUCAUGCCUCAAUAACCCAAGAGGUCUAAGAAGCCUUCCUUUAUCCCUCAGUCACAAAUGAUCUCCUAAGUUAACAGUCUCUACAACUCAAGAAACUUCGAUCAAACUGGAUUUACUGAGGCAGCAAUUGGGAUCUCAAUGAUGGAUAAAACUUAGAAUGAUCAGAGCUUAGACAACAUUGGCAAAUUUUAAGUGAGGUUAAGAUUGGACCAGACUGCAAUAAUGACAGAUGACGAAAGAGCAGCCAGCAAAGAAUCAGCAAUGGAUAGAGUGACUACUGAGGGUACAACAAACAUUCCAGAAGACAAAUAAGUGGUCAAGCACAAAGCUACUAAGAUUAGUAUCAUCAAGAGAAAGUAUGUCGAGGGCACUCCUAUUAAGCUAGAUUAAAGUGUAUUCUAAUAGUUUAUUGCAAAAGCCAAUAAUCGUCAAUCGAGAAAACCCCUUGUCCCAACCUUUAACACCAAGAUGAUUAACAGCAAGAUGAGCUAGAAGAGUUACAUUGAGCCAUAGCCAGACAGGACAUAGCUUGUACUCUCAAGAAACGUUAACUUAUGCACCAGCUUGAGAUAAUCGUUCGAUGAUAAGGAAAAUACCGUCAUUCCAAACAUUCCAAAUCAACCUAGAACUGCAUUGAAUUUUGACAGUGCCACUAUUCCUAAAAUUAAAGAGGCUUUAACAGAGCAAAUAUUGAUAAAAUAAAGAGAAAGAUAAGCUAAGUGCAAGAUGGUAAAGGUAUCUAUGCUGUCUCUGGAACAAGCCUCAUACAUUAACAACUAUGAAACUGUAUUGCUAGACAGGUUGCAGAGUCCAGAGUAUGAGGGCUAAACCUGCCAUGUAAUCUUUAAAAACCACCCAACUUUGACCUAUGAUCUCAGAUCUAAGAUUAUAGAUUGGAUGUACAAUGCAGUAAUCAAAUCUAAAGUUGACGACAAAAAUGUGUUCUUUCUAUCAGUUAAGCUUCUCGAUCUCUAUUAUACAAAUCACCCAAUACAGCAAAACAAAGAUACUUUGCAGUUAGUAGGUGCUACCACUAUCUUCAUGAGUGCCAAAAUGCUAGAAGUUCAAUUCCUUGAUCUUGACUUUUGUGAAUAGAGAUUCCUUCAUCAUACUCACAGCAAGUCUGAUGUUCUACGAGUCGAACAACAGAUUGUGGAGUACUCUGACUGGAAGAUUGUUGAAGACAGCCUGCUAGAUUGUCAUGCACUACUACUAGGAAUGAUCAAGACAAGAUUCUAAAAAGACACUCUUAAACUCUCAAAAUUCAUCUUUCUCUUUAUCAAAGACAAACUUGACGUACUUCUGCUUAAUGAAUUGAUGGUAUUGACUUGUCUUCCCAAAUAUCUUCACCUGAGUGAUAUAAUAAAAGUGGCUGCCCUAAUAGAAUACAAGAUUAGCAGCAUCAGAGACAGAGUGAGAGUUAAGGACUUCACUUAAGUGACUUCUGACUACGAUAAACUUUGCAAGGUCUGGGAUCAAAUUCUAUCUCUUAUAGCAGCUGCUAGCAAUCGCAACUAUUUCAGCAAUCUAGGCUGCAAGAUAAACUCAGAAAUACAUAAUGAGACGUUGAAUCUUUAAGAGAAUGAGCCUGAUGAAUUCGCAGAGUAUAUAAAGCAAACGAGGCAAUUUGAAAAACUAGCUUUGACUGCCACUUCUGAGUAGUUUCCAGACAUAGUCAACUUCUUAAAAGAGUGCAAAUAUCAAAGGAAUCUAACUCACUCUGUUUAUAAAUGCCUUAAGUCAGCAAUGCUUAAGAGGAACUUAGAUCAAAUUAGAUUUUAUUUGUACAGUAUCUGCGUGGAUUUGACUCAGCCAAAUUUCAAUGGUCUUUUGCAUCAAUUUAUAGUGUAGUCUUGUACCUAGGAGAGAAAUCACAUGCUGUAAGGAAAGUACUACGAAGGCCUCAGUCUAGAUGAAUAGAUUUUGGACUUAUUCGUUAAGGGCGAGAACAGCUAAUACAGCGAUUAUCUACUCAGGCUAUAAGAUGAGGGUUAUGGCAACACACCACUUCAUGUUGCUUGUGGAUUAUAUAGUUAUGUGUUUAUAAGAAAACUGAUAGAUGCUGGUUCUGAUCUCUCAAUAAGGAAUGCAGCAGACCUUACUCCAGAAGAUAUCAUAGACGAGGAAAUUAAAGCCUAUAAGAUAUAUUUAGACUCUUAAGAGAAAUAAAACACCUUGGAAAGAUUAAGUGUAGUCAAAAAUCUAUUUGCUGAGUAUAAGGGAACUAAUAUUGACUAAGUAAUGACUGAGAACAUCAUAUAAUAGAAUUAAGAAGAAGAAUCGAAAGGACAGCAUUGA